AUGCCCGCCGACCUCUCGCAAGUUGUGGGCUUCGAGCUCGAACCCAAGCCCGUCUCGUGGAAUAAGCGCGACCUACUCACGUAUGCUGCUGGCGUUGGCGCAAAGGCGGAUGACCUCAAUAUUGCCUAUGAACUCCGUACGCCCUUCCCUGUCCUACUCCGCAUUCUCAUCUCCUUCCCAGACGACUCCUUCGCUGCCCUCCCGACCUACCCCGUUGUGCUCCCGUUCAAGGGCGACUCGCAGGAGCUCAACCUAUUCGCGAAAACGAUAAUGGCGAAGCCCAUUCCGUCUAUGCCUCCGCUGGACCCCAACCGAGGGGUACACGGCGCCCAGUCGAUUCAGAUUCUGAAGGAGCUUCCUCUUGUCAGUGGCCCCGGAUGGACAUGGACAACAAAGUAUGUCGGCGUGGCGGAAAAUAAGAGCGGAAUCGUGCUUACCGCGGAAAAUACGUUGCUUGACCCGAGCGGUGUAGCAUACGCAAAGCUCUACAGCUCCUCAUUCAACCUUGGCGCGAAGGCGCGCGGCGAAGCAUACUCCAAGUACAUCGCUGGCCCGCCACAAGGCAAACCCAUCCCGAAAGACAGGCUCGCCGACUACACCUUCACGGACCAAACUACAACCGAGCAGGCACUCGUUUUCCGGCUCAGCGGCGACUACAACCCCCUUCACAUCGACCCCGCGAUCGGCAAAAAGACCGGCUUCGGUGGUGUUAUUCUUCACGGUCUUUCUACGUUCGGAUUCGCCGCGAGGGCCCUGAUUAAGACUGCCGGCGGGGGCGAUCCGCGCAGUUUGAAGCUGUUUGGCGUGAGGUUCACCAGUCCUGUGAAGCCGGGUGACAAGCUCGAGACACAGGCGUGGGAGGUGGGCAAGGGCCCGGGGGGCACCAUUGAGCUGGCCUUCCAGACGAAGAAUUUGACGACGGGGAAGGUCGUACUGGGUGGUGGUGUGGCGUUUGUUGCCAAGCACGCUGCCAAGCUGUAG